AUGGGCAACAGCCAGGGCAAGCCCAUCGACUUGGAUGGCGAAGUCAACCUCAACCACUUCCGUCUGCUGCGAGUAGUCGGCCGAGGCGCCUUCGGUAAGGUGCGAAUCGUCGAGCGAAAAGACACGAACCUAUCCUUCGCCUUGAAGUACAUCCGGAAAGAUGAAGUCGUACGAUCCGAGAGUGUGCGGAAUAUCAUUCGAGAGCGCCGGAUGCUCGAGCACGUGAACCACCCCUUCAUUUGCAACUUGAGAUACAGUUUCCAAGACAUCGAAUACAUGUACUUGGUCGUCGAUUUGAUGAGUGGCGGUGACCUUCGAUUCCACAUUUCGAGGAAAACCUUCACCGAAGACGCAGUACGAUUCUGGAUUGCCGAGCUGGGCUGUGCACUUCGGUACAUUCACAGCCAAAACAUUAUCCACCGCGAUGUCAAACCCGACAACGUCCUGCUUGAUGCCGAUGGCCACGUGCAUUUGACCGAUUUCAACGUCGCCUCCGACAUAGUCCCGGGCAAGGUUUUGUCUAGCAAAUCCGGCACACUCGCAUACCUCGCUCCUGAAGUUUACGCUGGCAAGGGCUACGAUGUCCGUGCAGAUUGGUGGUCUCUGGGUGUCCUCUUUUACGAGUGCAUCUACAAUAAGCGACCGUUCGACGGCAACUCAGAAAGCACCCUGAGCCAACAGAUCCAGCUCGCCAACCCCAAGUAUCCCGUCACCCAGCCGGCCGUGUCCCUCCCCUGUUUAUACGCAAUUCGAGACGCACUGAACCCGAACCGCGAUACACGAAUGGGUGCGACAUGGGAGAGCUUCACUAAGCACGAGUUCUUCAUGAUGAUCGACUUCGAGGCGUUGGAGCGGAAGGAAAUCGAACCGGUCUUCGUCCCUGCGGCUGACAAGACCAACUUUGACGCCACGUACGACUUGGAGGAGCUUCUGUUGGAGGAGGCUCCCCUCGAGGCGAGAGCCAGACGUCAAAAGCCCCGCGAACGGUUAAAGGAGGACGCUUCGGAGAAGGAGAUCAGGGAAGACGAGCUCUACCGCAUGAUCGAGAACGAGUUCCGGCCGUUCGAUUACACUCUGGCCGCGUACAAGAAAAUCACCGGCCAAGGCGAGGAAGGCUUCCUCAAUGGCGACCAAGUACUACACAACGGCCCCCAGGCCUUGACCACAGACGAAGCGACGCCCGCCGCCAUGGCUACCAACGGUGGUGCUCCCAGGAAUGCCGCACCCCCCGGUCCGUUACGGAAGAGUUCGAGCCUGGAGAGACGACCGGGCAGCAGUCACAGCUCUAUGCCCCGACGGCCAACAGUGAAGCCGCCUCCGAUACCCCAUUACCCCGGCGAGUACCACAACCAGAGAGCGCCGCCGCCGAAUGCAGCCGGCAAGCGAGUCACCAGUCCCACCGGCGGCAUGCAAGUCACCCUGGACGGAGGAGGCAGCUGGUCAGAACUGGCCCGACAAGAUGCCACGCUUCCCACAGAUGCCAACGCCAUCAAUGACGGCAAGUCGGAGAGCUCGAGCGGCGUUUUCAGUUUCUUCAGGGGCAAGAAGGGAAGAGGACACAGCCCCAAACCAAAGGAAAGGGGAGUGCUGGGCAAAGAGGGAGCCAGACAGGUCAUUGGCUAG